AAUUUGGUUUAAAAAUCUUUUACUCAAACUUGAUACAAACACAAACAAUAAAAAAUCGUCAAAUGAGAGCAAUUUUAUUUUUUCGGUAUUUCAACAAUUAGAACUUAUGCAUCCUUUGCUUGGCAAAAGGAUUAAUAUUUGGCGAGAUUUAACAGAAAUUGCUGUGGAUAGAGUGAAGAAUUGUUCAGAAGAUCGAAUCUUUGCUGCAACAACAUUAAUAGUACAAAUAAAGCAAGAUAAUGUUAAAGUAUUAUUUUUAGAGAUGGUAAAAGACAUAUUAAAUAAGUCUACUCAACAAACUCAUGAUCAGCUGUUAAACAAGAUACGCAUUAUUUGCGAUUGCAAAACAACCAAGACUCUAAACGUUCCAAACACGUAAGUUUUUUAUAAUGAUUUUUUGUUCUUAAAUAUGCUAAUGCUUUAAUAUUUUUUUUUUUUAUUGUUAUUAAUGUUAUUAAUAAAUCGUUAGGAUGAGCGAAGAUAUUUUGUACCAUAUUAUGACUAGAUUGCAAAACCAAUCGGCUGCAUCCAGCGCAUCAGAACAUUAUUUGAAUACUUUAAAGGCUAGUAACUUUUGGAAUAUUAUAUUACGCGCUAAUGGAAGCGUCGCAAAACUUCAUUCAAAUCCAUUUGUUAAAAAUACUAAAACAUAUAUUAACGAACUUGCUGGAUUGCUUCUUGAAAAAACUAUUGAUAUCCAAUUAUUACAACAAAUUUUAGAAUACAAUGACGAAUAUUUAUUUCGUCAUUUAGAUGCGGCUGUUGCUAAAAAGAAAGCAUUGCUAGAUGUAAUUGUUUCUCGAGAUGAAAUUGCAAAACUUAGAAAGAUUUGUAAUAAUUAUCAAACUCAACUCGAUGUACUCACCAAGUUUUAUAACGGAUUUUGUCCGAUCGAGAAAGUAACAGAUGUAGCUGAUUAUAUUCGAGAUGUAAAACAACAUCUUCAAAAUUUAAAUAAAAUAGAGGUGAAACAAGUGCUGUCAUCAGAUCAUUGGGUAUUCCAUGAGAAAACUUUGGACAGUGCAAGAAAUUGCUACAAAUUUAAUCGAUCUCGAACUUUUCGAAAUAUCUUCGAUUUUUGUAUCCAUGAAGACGCUGCCGCAAUAAAAGUGGAAUACAUAGCACAAAAAUUAAUUCCAACCGUUUUUGAAAAAUAUAAUGCCAUGUGUAAACAACUUAAGGAUUGGGAAAAACUCAAAUGUUCAGAAGCAUCUUUGCUUUGGAAAAACGUUACAGAUGUUAAUGCAGAACUUGAUUUAAUGGAAGGCUAUAAAAUCUCUAAAAGCCAAAGAUUUGUGCAGACUCUUGAUUAUCUUUCAAAAAUUCCACAUUGGGUUCAAAAACUUGAGGAGUUAGAAAAGGUCGUGGAAAUGGAAAUUUUCAAAGUACCACAUAGUGAAGAUGAUUGGUUAUCAAAAGCAAUUCGUAUUUUAAAAGAUGAUUCCAUGAAACUUGGGCAAAUAAAUAAUUUUUUCGAUUACCUUGAUAGGAAUCUUUCUAAUGUCAAUCAAGAUUGUUGGAAAUUGAUAAAAGAGUUGUCAUGCGCUGAAGAAUUUUUGAGUUUCUUAAAGAAAAUUGCUGAACAUGAUAUUAAAAAUCUGAUUAAUGGUGUGGAUGAUCAUUCGGAUGAAAGAUUGAUUCAAGAGGACACUGUUUCAUCACUCAUCCAAGUUAAACAAUUUUUAUUUCCUCUUAUGAAUAAAAAUAUGGAAGCUAUUUCUGAUUUGUUGAAAGAACUAUUAAAUGUCAUUAAGAAGAACCAUACCUUAGGAGAAAAGAUUGCAUUAUGUAAUAGUAGCAAUAUGGCGCUGCAAAAUAUGUACAAUAAUAUUCAAAAUCGUGGAGAAGUUACUAAGGAAAAGAUUAAAAAUGCUGUACUUAACGGAACUUUUACAUUUACACGUGACCAAAAAGAAGACAAAUGCUUAGUUUUUUUACACUAUCCCUCUAAAUCUAAUGUGAAGUAUAAUCUGAACGAAAUAUUAGAUUUACGUGGUCGGGCUCUUUUGAUUGCAAAACCAAAAAAUUCGGUUAUGGGAAAUAACAAAGAGGCAGAAAUGUCCAAAGAUGUUAUGGAUAAAUUUGUCGCCCAAGUCGAUAUUGCACAAGAAAUAAUUAACAUAGUGUCCAUGUUAAUGCAAAUGGGACAUUUUGGUUAUAGAAAGUUUGAAAAUAAAUUACAAGGAACGGAUAAUAUGAAAGAUUACCUGGAACUUUUAAAGGAAGAACUUAAAGAAUGGCAAAAUAUAGUAGAUCGUGCACAACAAAGAUGUUAUUAUUUAACAUUCUUCCCCGCUCGCCACAUUUUAGCAUUCUAUGAUUAUUUCACAUCGGAAAAAUUGGAUAAGGAUAAUGAAGAAGAGUGCAAAAUAUUGAUCAGAUUUGUAAACAAUAAAGCCCAAUUACCGUCAACUCGUAAAGAUAUACAAAAAAUUUUACGUGGGUCCAAAAAUUAUCUUGAUAUUCUUACCGAAAUUGGAAAUGAAUUAGAAAGAGUUUUUAGAGGCGUCCCAAAACAAUCUCGUAAACUUAAAGCUGCCGGGCAACGCGUAAUGUCAGAUAUUGUUACAAAGGGAAAAUUAUUUGUUGCGGCUUGUACUGAGAAAACGAGAGUCCCAAACAUUAUUAUGUCAUUGUAUGCUAAUCAUGGAACUUAUCCCGAACCGUGGCAACUCCUAAUAUGUACUUCCUCAACUACAAUGGAAGAACUUACUAUUUUCAUUAAAAGAAGUUUUUAUUCAUCAAAAAAUGGAUAUGAAAAUCACUUAUUUUGUAUUGCAAAUUUGGAAUUAUUGGAAUUUGAACUACAAUAUAAUUUAGUUAAUCAAAUUAGAUCAAUGCGAGAAAUACAUGAUCAAGAUAAGGAAUAUCUUUUGGCGCUUAUUUGUUGUAGGGAAUCCGGAAUGCAUCAUCAUAUUUUAGAUCAAUUUUCAUUGGAUGUUCAUGCAACCAAUGGUUUAAUUAUUGAUACAAUGAGCAAAAUUUAUAGAGAAUUAUGUCAGAAUGUUAUACGUGUUUCUUCCGACUUAUCAGGACAAGGCAAAACUGAAUGGAUUAAAGAAGCUAGUUUCGCUAAAAAGAAAAUUCCGCGUAGCUUAUUAAUAAGUGAUGGUAUGGAGUUCGGUAGACUUGUACGUCAAUUCAAAGAAUGUAAACUCCGAGCCGUAGAAAGCUUACAUAUUAAUAUAGUAUCAUCAGACCAUCCUGAAGAUGUUAACAUGUUCUUGUUUGAGUUAUUAACUUUGGGUAUAGUUUCUACUAAUGUCGAUAUAGCUUGCUUGCCUCCUUCGGAAACGCCUACAUAUAUAUUUAUUGAAAUAGCUUCAACAACAGAACAACAUUUACUUAAUUCUCUUCCCAUGGCAGGAUGCUUAGUAUCCAAUCAUUUGUCUUGGAAUAUUAAAAAUUUGAGGGUUUCCCAAGAAAUUAAUAGUCCAAUGCAGGUUGCUUGUAAUUACUUAAGUUUAUUAGAUCGUAAUGAGUUAGAUACAAAAGAAAUCCUUUUCCGGACAGAUAAGGCAAUCAAAGACCCAUUACCACCAGAACGUUGUCAAAAUCUUAUUGCAAAAUAUUUCUUUAACAAAAAUGCUGAAGAUAUUUCUUCAUUUAGAUUUGUUGAAAUAUUUAUUAAUGUGCUUGCUGAUCAAUUGGUUCGAUUAUCAUCAAGUCAAUUCUUUACUGUAGAUAAUCUUAAAUUAAUGGUAAAAGAAACUAAUAUUAGAACUUUAAUAGUAAAAACUUUAAUAGAUGUUUCAAAAGAUUUUGCGACUAGAUCGAUUAAGACCAAAGAAGCACAACUAGAAUCUCUGACUGCAGAUGAUGAAAAUGCCCGUCUUGGUACAAUUGUUCAAUGGGAUGACUCAAAUCAUCUUAUAGUAUUCUUCAAUUCUCAAACCCCAGAUACCAUCUCAGCUUUAUAUCGUGACAGAAAAAAGGUUUAUGAUAAUGUUAAGGUUUUACUAAAAAGUCAAAUAAUUGGUGAUCAAACAAAAUGGGAACUAGAAGAUUAUAAUUCGAUGUCUGCAAAUGCCCUCUUCGUAAAGUUGGAAUAUUUGGCGCGAAGAUCGACAGAAACAUUAGAACUUCCUGAAUAUGCUUUGUCUGGUGAUAAUUUAAUAAAGAUGGCUUUAAUUCUUCUGAGAGCACGUGCGAACAUUCCGGUCAUAGUUUGUGGUGAAGCAGGGUGUGGCAAGACGAGCUUAAUUGCCUAUUUGGCUAUGAUGGUCGAAGUUCAAUUCUUAGCUCUUAAUCUUCAUGCUGGAAUUGAUGAAGGAAUUAUUAUGAGGUUUAUGAAUGAUGCUUUGAAAAAAGCAGAAAAAGGAGAAAUUUGGUUAUUCUUUGAUGAGAUCAAUACUUGCAAUCAUAUAGGUUUACUUGCAGAUUUAAUAUCUCAUCGAAUGCUUAAGGGCAAACCUAUACAUCCGAAUAUUCGUCUAUUCUCUGCCUGCAAUCCAUAUCGUAUUCGUACAAGAACUCAAAGUGAAGCUGGUUUGACAAAUAAGGUGAAAAGGUAUGAAGAACAGAGCAAUCUUGUUUAUCAAGUCAAACCACUUCCCGAUCAAAUUUUGGAUUAUGUAUGGGACUAUGGUGUUUUAAGACCAAAAGACGAAUUAAAGUAUAUUGAAAUCAUGGUUGAAAAAGAAUUAAAAAAAUUAGGACAUCCUGUAUUUGCUGAACUUUUAUUUGCUUCUCAAAAAUUUAUUCGAAAAGUUGAAGAACCAUAUAGUGUUAGCUUACGUGAUGUUAAACGAGCUAUAACGUUAGUGAUAUUCUUUUAUAAUUCUCUUGAAAAUCGCCCUGCUUACAAGAAGGGUCACAAAUAUCCACCACUUGGAAAUCCAACUAUAACGACUAGAUCUUAUGUUUUAGCACUUAGUCUCUGUUACCAUUCUCGAUUGUAUGAUCAAAAUUUACGCAGACAAUAUCGUCGCGAAAUGGGACAAAUAUUACAAAAUCAUAAAGCUUAUAUAGGAGAAAACACAUUUGCUAGAAUUAUACGCGAAGAACAGGAGGAUUACAUUAAUAGAAUGCAAUGUCCACCUAAUACAGCCAAUAAUGAAGCUUUACUAGAGAAUGUUUUGGUUAUGAUUGUAUGCAUUUUGACACGCAUCCCCCUGUUCCUUAUAGGGGCUCCGGGCUCUUCAAAAUCUUUGGCGAUUCGUCUUAUUAGUUCGAAUUUACGUGGAUCUGAUUCAAAUGAUAAAUAUUUUAGAAAGCUACCGCAGAUUUACUUAAUUCCACAUCAAGGAUCUUCAUCUUCAACUUCUGAUGGUAUAAUAAAAGUUUUUGAUAAGGCAAAUAAAUAUCAAGAAACGACUUCCAAUCAAUUUCCUGUUAUUAGUGUUGUUUUACUUGAUGAGGUUGGUUUGGCCGAAACAAGUCCUUUUAAUCCAUUAAAAGUGCUUCAUUCUCUACUUGAGCCAAGCUAUCCGGCCACAGGACCAACUGUUUCAGUGAUAGGAAUAUCUAAUUGGCGUCUAGAUAAUAGUAAAAGUAGUCGCGCAUUACUCGUUCAGAGGCCACAAUUUAGUUUAGAUGAUUUAGUUGAUACUGCUGAGCGCUUAUUAAAUACAAGGGUUAUUGGUUAUGGACAAAGAGGCGCUUUGGAACCUUUAGCUAAAGCAUAUAUGGAUUACGAAAAAAAUGGUCAAGCUUUGCCUAACUUUCAUGGUCUUCGUGACUAUUACGCAUUGGUCAAACGGCUUUCAUUAGAUGAAAUGACUCCAGAGAAUAUUCAAAUGGCAUUGGCUCGCAAUUUUGGGGGAACAGAAAAUAACAAAUUAUACGAAAAAUAUUUUGGAAACGUACUUAAGACAUUUAAUAAUCAUAAACCAUGGUUUUAUAAACAAAUUCCUGUUGAAAAAUUGAUCGAUUCAAAUUUAGAUGAUCCCAAUGCACGUCAUUUAAUGGUUAUUGGUAAAAGUGACUCGAUCGUAAAUUUAUUAACUUAUCAGUUAAAACGGAAAGACCCGGACACUGCCCCCGUUGUAAUUUUAGGAUCACAAUUUCCUGAUGACCGAGAUGAUUAUUCUUACAGUGUUUUAAGUAGAAUCAUGAUGUGUGUAGAGGCGGGCGGACCAUUGAUUUUAACAGAUUUGGAAAUGAUUUAUGGGAGUCUUUACGAUUUAUGGAAUCAAAAUUAUAUCGUAGUGGGAGACAAGGAAAAUCCAAAAUACUUUACACGAGUUGCACUUGGAGCUUACGCUAAUCCUAUGCUUUAUGUUUCACCGAAUUUCAAAUGUAUUCUUGUCAUGGAUGAGAAGAAUUUGGCUUCAGCUGAUCCUCCACUACUUAAUCGAUUCGAAAAACAAAAAAUGUCGAUUAGUGACAUACUUGAUGAUAGACAAAAAGACCUUGUGCAACAUUUAGACGGAUGGGUAAAACAAAUGACAACUAUAGUUGGAGUUAAUCAAUUAAAUCAACGCAAUAAAUUCACUCAGAGGGAUCUAUUCAUUGGGUUUGAUAAAGAUGAAACCUUACAAAGCUUAGUGAUUGACAUUACAAAGAAUAAUUCUGAAGCUGCUGAUGAGGAGAUUUUAGAAAAAUGCAAGGAAUGUUUAAUUGCAGUAGCAACUUCUGAUGGAGUCAUAAGAGCUGAACGAUCAGCUUUAGAACAUGAUGAAAUUAAUCGAUGGAAACAUACUUAUUUCCAUCAACAGCAUCACGAUAGUAUUUAUGAUUAUUUUGACGCAUUAUUUAAUCGAGAAAAAUCGCCGGCAGAACCGCGUGGAAAUUUAGUAAUUGUUAACACAUUCUCAAAUAUUAAUACGGACGUUAAUUCUUGCUUGCAAGAACUUAAAAGAUGUCAAAUAGAUAAAUUGUCAACUUUUAAAACUGAAGCUCAACUUUCAAAUAGGGUAAAACAUUUCUGGUUAGAGUCCACUGAUGAUAUGCUGAUCCUUCAAUGCGAUGUAACUACCGUUAAUGCUGGAUGUAUUAAGCUAGCUAAAUCCAUUAUUGAACAAUUCCGAAGUGAAUUCCUAACAAAGAAGAAGAAUCAACCUAUGAAACAUGCAUGUAUCAUUCUUCAUAUUCAUCGAGGUCAAGAAUCCACUCCAGUAUCUUUUAAUUUCAUGUGUGGUUGGAAUCAAGUGACUAUAGAAACAUUGUCAAAAAACGACGUUCCUACAUCAAAUCUUUUGGAUGGAUCAUUAUCUGAAAUUAUCAAUUCUACUAAUCGAUUCGAGAAAAUUUUACAGCAAGAGAUGUUAUGGUGUUUAUUAUGUAUGAAAUACCCAUCAACCGAUAAAUCAGUUAAUCACAUCAAGACAUUAAGCGAAAAAAUACUAGAUUAUCCAAAAUUUAUAGAAUGUCUUAAAGCAAGAAUUCUUGAAUGGAUUGAAGAAAAGUCAACAGAUGAUUGGCAAUUUAAAAAAGACUAUCAGCGACUAAAACAUUUUUCCACGUUGAAAAUGAUGAAGAAUUAUUCGAAUUUUGGCAACAAAUUUAUAAGGAUAAGAAAAUUGUUAAAAUUGAUGAUUUACCGAAUCCAAAGCCUGAUGGAUAUAUUAUGCCAGCAGGAAGUUUAUAUGAUCUUAAAUUUCCUUUUUCAUUAUAUUUUAUGAAACAAAUUGAUAAUUUUAAAAGAUAUUAUGAAGAAGAAAUAGCAUUAUUACAACAGGAUGAGGAUAGAGUUGACAGUGCAACUAAUGAACUUUAUGAUUGGGUAAUUGAGGAUCAUUUGAAAAAUUUUAAAAACAAUAUUCUUACAUCAGUUCCGCAAUUAAGAGAUUCGCCUCUUGAACGGUUUCCUGAGUUAUAUUUUAAUGACUUUGUUACCGUUGUCGCAUCAAAUGAUGGUGGAAGUAGAAAUACAAAAAUGUUAUCGAUAAUCUUGAAACUACUUAUUGGUGCUGACAAAGUAUAUCAACCAAUACUCCUUCACACUUAUUGGUGGAAAAA